GUGGUACUCGAUCCGGCGAUGGGCCCUUUUUAGAGAUCAGAACUGAGCUCAUGGGGUCUGCCGGCGGGGGCGGGAGCGCUUCGCGGCACGACUAUUAAAUGUAUUUCCCACGUUUCUGAAUAGAUUCUUAUAAUUUUCACAUACUGAUUUUUUUAUUUUAUCGCUAAUUUGGAUAAUGCCUGUUGAAAUGGCGAAAAAUCAAGAUGAUUCAAGUGCCUCAGAAUACUCAGAUAGUCUUGCAAUGGACUACUGGUCAGAGGGGCUUAGUGAAGCUCAGAAGGCAUAUUACUCCAAGGCCAAAAAGGAAUAUAAUGAUAUCAUGGCAAGAAUAAAUGAUUUUAUCAACAAGGAGAAUGGGACUGUUGUUGAAAGAGGGUCUGAUGUCAUGGUCCUUCAGGGCUCAACAGGGAAUGCUGCAGCAUCAGUGCUCAACAAUCUAGUCACCCCAGUCACUCAAGCUUUUUCAAACUUUCAUCCAAAAGGCCGUGUUGUGGCACUUCAGCCACAAGCUCCCCCUCCUCUACAAGCUGUUUCAAGUCAACAACUUGUCAUACAGAGUGGCUCUGUGCCUGCUGGAGCAAGAGUUACAGCAAGAACAGGUCCUCCAGGAACUUUCCAAGCAGCAAACCCAGGAACUGUCCACCUUGUUUCCUUGGAUUCCAGGCAUGGUAACAUGUUAUUUGUGCAGGCUCCAGGUAUUGGAAAUCAACUUGUUCAGCCGCCUGUGCCCCAGCCUCCCCUAACAGCACCAGUAUCAGUUCCAUCUAUACAGACUGUUCAGGCUCCACCAUCCACUACAGGUCCACCUGCACUUUCUAAUUGGGCACGUGCACCUGCUCGCACCUACCUUAAAAGCUCUGCUCCCACAACAACUGUUACAACACCCUCAGCUCAGGCUACAGGACUAGUGUCCUCAGCCUCAAGCUCAUCAAACGCUACCAGCAGUAAAGUGUCAAAACCAUCAAAGAAUAAACCUUCAACCUCUGCAGUCAUAAACCCACCCACCCCAAAUACUAUCCCUCAAAACAGUCUCAAACCCACUGAAAAUAAUUCUGUUGGAGGCUUAUCAGCAGGAAAUCCAAAUAGAAAAAUUAUGCAAGAUGAAGUUAAAAACAUGGCGUCUGGUCCAGAUUCCAAGGAAGUUACGUUUAAUAAAGUAUCUGGUAAGACUUUCCCAUCUCUUGUUGUUUUGGCCCGCCCACAUCUAAGGGUUAGAGAUAUGACUCAAGCAAAGACAAACCAGGAACGGGCAUUAUUAGACGCCAAAGUUAAAUCUGUUUUAAUGUACUCUGCAACUAAAUUCAGUGAGUGGUUAAUCCAAAAUGGGUUGGUCAGAGGAGACCAGUUUUGCACAAUGCAUUCUGGCACAGAGGGCCCAUUAAAGUUAAAAUUGGGAAUGUAUUCUGAUGUUGCUAAAUUCCCUUUCAGUGGAGGGUAUGUGUGGGUCAGUGAGUGUUGCCCUCAAAUAUUUGUGUCGGUGUUUAGUGGUUCUAUAUUCGAAGGAGCACCACAUCCCCCUGCGAUUCUUUUGAAGUUGAUGUACCAUUGGUGCUGCCAAACAAAUGUUCAAAAUGUGAUCCAAUGGGUAAAAGUUGACAACUUUUAUGUCAAAAACUUUUUUACCCAUAUGCGCAGUGUUUGUAUUGCUGCUGUGCAUGAAAAAUAUGAAAAACUUGGAGGCCCAACUAAGAAAGUUGAGGUGGGCGUGAUAAGCCUGGGAACAACAUCACAAGAUGGUAAUAUGAGACAGGUAAAAGUUGAAGUGUUAGGUGUAAUGGACGCUGAAAGUAAAUUGAUCAGAUUAAGAGCUGUAGAGCCUUUUCAGGAUGGAGAACGCAAUUAUAAACGCCGCUUUGUUAAAAUUCUUGAACCUCUAAGAGAGUGGGUUCAUCCAGAAAGCAUAAUACUGACUGAUUUUACUGUAGACAAAGGUACACUUCUUGAUAUGGGUUUCAAACAAGUUCAUCAAUCAACCAUUCCUGAGCCACCAUCAUCAUCAUCCAACAGAUUGAGUAAUCAGAAUGUGAUGGAAUAUUUAAGAAGAAUUGUGCCGCGCAUGUUUCAGAACACACUGUCCUUAUUAUCUCGUCAAAUCAUUCAACAAUUUUUGGAUGAACUUGUUUGGCGUGAGCGAUGGGGACCAGUCCCAUCAAUGGCAUUUGACACGCUGGUUUCACACCUUGCUGCUCAAUCAAAACUUGACUCAGGUGAAAGAUUGAUCAUUAAACUAGGAAAAAUUGCUGGAAAUCCUUUCCGUUGCUGGAAAUAUGACCAUUGGAAAACUGAUGGUAUUGAUCCCUCACCUAAUGAUACAGUCCCACCUACCACUCAAACAGUAGCUUCUAUUAACCAUGACCCAGGAGUUUUAUUAGAUGAUACUGCAUGCUCUACUAUUGCUUGUACCCAACAGUUUGUGUUUGCCCUAGAUGAGGACACAGAAAAAAGAGUAGAAGAUGCUUUAAAAUUAAUUGAUGAUGAUGCAAGCAUUAGAAAAGCCAUUCAAACUUUCAAAGUGCCGAGGUCUGUUGUUUUGGGUAGAGUAAAAGAAAUUCUAAAACCCAAACAAACAGAGCCAGGACCAGGCCAACCUGUUUUUACAGAUGACGAAGAAGAAGAUAUUAAGGACCAUUUAAUGACUCUGUAUGAUUGGGGAUAUCCGUUUGGCCGAUGGGAUAUUCGCCUUGUUGUGAAGCAGUACUUAGAUACAUGCGGACGCACAGAACUCAGAUUCAAAGACAACUUCCCACCUGAUAUGUGGAUUGAGAGAUAUUUGUCACGUCAUCCAAUCAUUAGACAUAGACUUUGUCAGAACCUACCUUCGAGAGCUAACCCAAUUGAGGUGGAUGCUGUCAAGCAAUACAUUUCUAAUCUUUCUGCUGUAAUUCAGUUAGUUCCUCCUCAAAAUAUUAUGAACUUCAUGGAGAUAGGUCUUACUGGUGAUCCCCUCAAAACUAUGGCAGUAGAGCUUCGUGAGUUACGGUAUCCUGUUGGCAAAAGAAAAGUUAAGUCAGCUGCAUCUGUUAUGUUAGCUUGUACAGCUGUUGGUAAAGUACUACCAUCUUAUGUUAUAUUUGAGGGUAAACCAGUUAAUAUCAAAGGAAAAGUUCCCGGGGAAUUUUACGCAACUAAAUCAGGCUGGUUUGAUGAAAUAGCUUUUGGGCAUUGGGUUGAAUCUGUCCUCUUACCCUGGGCUGAAGGCCUAGAAGGAAAAAAAGUUGUUGUUGGUGAUAGCUUGGCUCAGUUAUUUACCCUAAAAAGUCUAGCUCUGUGCAUGGAUAAAAAUAUUACCUUUGUGUGCAUGCCGUGCAAUGUGUCUGGUGUACUUUCCCCACUUGACAUAGUUCUGUGUGAUAAACUGAGAAUACAGUGGCGGGUUCAGACGCGUUUGUGGGCAUCUUCCCACAGUGACAAGUAUAUUGCCAUUGAGGAUUAUCCAUUUCAUAUACAAGAAUUGCUGAAGUCAACAAUUGGUUCUGAUAUGCCAGACCAAAUUCGCAAAGCUUUCAAAGUGAUUGGUCUGUAUCCAUUCAGCUCUAAAAAUACUAUGAAGGCAUUAGAAAAUGGAGGUGUGUCUUUGGAACACUCUAAACAUAAACAGCCCACAUCAAAGAAGAGAAAGCGAAUUUAUAUUGGAACUGUUGGAUCGGUUGAAUGUCCCAAAAAGAAAGAAGUAGUAGAAGAGUCAGCUGCUGUCAAAGAACUUGUAAUUGAUGAUGCAGUUCCUCCUAAAGGUAUUGAUAUUGCUGAAAUUGUUGAAGCUCUCAAGUGUUCAAAAGACCUUAUCGAAUUAGAACCAUAUUAUUAUGGUACGAAGCCAUCUUCAGAUGAGCUUGUCAAAAAUGAGUUUAAAGUAGCUGACUUAACUGUUAAGUGUCCUAUGUGCCACCAUCAAAUUUCUGACAAUUUGACUUUAAUGAAGCAUAUUUUGGGUCAUUCUGAAAAAGAUCCAACUAUUGAGGAAUUGUUACGUAUUCACCUAUGUAGGUAUUGCGCUAAGCUUUUUCCCACUCAAGAUGAGUUGGUUAGGCAUGAAUCACAGGCCCACAAAAAUCUGGAAUCAAAAGACAAUGUGUGCCUAAUUUGUGCUGAGCAAAAAGAGAGUAGAGAAAGCCUUAUUCUACACAUGCAACAAACUCACACUGAAAUGGAACUGCCUUACAUAUGUACUAUCUGCCAUUACCGAAGCAGUGAGCAGUACAAGCUAGUAGAUCAUUUUUAUGAGGUCCAUGCUGGUGGAGAGAGAAUACAGUGCCCUUACUGUUUGAAGUGUGUUGCCAUUAGUAACAUGGGCAAGAAAAUGGCAGCAAACACCUUUUUCUUUAUGCAUCAUGUGAAGAAACACCAAGCACACCACACCUCACGAAAGUGUGACAAGUGUACUCUCUGGUUUGUCCAUAAAGGUAUUCUGAAAGAACACCAGGCCAACGACCACCUAAGCUGCAAAUCGGAAUCAGAUGUUAUUGCAUACAAAUCUAGUUACCUAGAAUGUGUCAUGAUGCCACAACCCAAGUUUAUUAAAAAUUUAGAUGUGCAAGUUCCAGAUGAUCUUGUACCACAUGCAGACUUUUACCGAAGUAGCAUAAGACGACUUAUUGUUAAUGCAAAUGUAGCGCAAUUCAAAUGUGUGGAAUGCAAGAGUCAUUUAAAUGACCACUUCCUUGAUUCUAUGCUAUGCAAGCGAUGUUCAUUCUCAACUUGCUGCUCUUUUGCUAUGGAUCGGCACCUUAAAGUAUUUCAUACUGUGGGUCUUAGUCCAGAGAAGACCCAAAUAUCUGUACAGAAUUUACCUGAAUUGAUGGUCUGCUCGUGUGCCAGUUAUGAGUCUAAAGACGGCAAUGCGCUUGCUUCGCAUAUGGCAGUGUGUGGUUUUGGGAAUGGAGUUGCUUAUCCAUCUGUAGUCUCUCCCCCUGAAUCAUCACUUCAAAAAGUUCCAGGUCCCCCUAGCUUAUUCAACUCAUUGGGCUUGAUCAAGAACAAUUCUACCGAAGAAAAUGAAGUUGGCAAUGAACAAACCAGAGACCGUCCUCUUAGUAGGGCAAGCAACAGUAGUAGCUCAUCACAGAAACGGAAGCGCACUGUUAAAGAUGCGGGUUUUGAUUCAGACAACAAAGACACACAAAUUUCUAAAAGACAGGAUGGUGAAAUGGCAAGACCAGCCUCCAGGAGUGAUCGCAAUCAUGUUUCAGAACCCCAUUUGGAGGCGUCUCUUGAUUUACACAAUAAUAGUCAAUCAUUUGAGGCAAUUUCUUCUAGUGAAACAUUGAUCCAAAAUAUGCCAAAUGGUACAGAACAUGGGCCCGUGAAAGAGACAUGUCCUGGAGGCACCUCUCAUGGCUCUUCCUAAGCAAAAUUGAAAUGUUCUUUCGAAUAAUUGAUUGAUAUUGUUCUUUUCAAAAGGGAGGGAAUGAGGAAUUAAAGCAAGAAAAGGGCCCUCAAUGACAGGUGGCAGGGCCAAGAAUGAAGAAAUGAGAAACUAGCUACUACAUAUCGCAUGCAUUAACAAUUAUGGUACAUGUGAUACCAUUUCUCAAGAAAUUGGGAAGAUCUUUUUUUGUGACACAAUAUUUUUUUUAUGCACAAAAUUCUUUGAAUCAGUAUAAUAUUUGAAAUAAUUGUGUUCAAAACACUAGCUAAAGGGUUUCAUCUCACCAUCUUUUGUGAACCAGAAAAUAAUGGAGAAAUUUGCAGUAUAGCCGAGUGUAGUAACCUAAUACUUCAUGUGAUCAGAAGACUAAGAUUACCAUUUGCUGUAUCCUGUUGUCCAGAAAUUUGACUUUUUGGGGGUUUGUUCACCUUUGCAGGGUAAUGGCAUUUAAUUGGGUGUAAGUUUAGUUUUCAUACUGUUUGAAUCAAUAUUUGCUUGGAUAUUUUGAGUUGAGGGUUCAUGGUAUGAAAAUUAUGCUCUUUUGAGAGGUAAGACUUUUACUGUUUGUCGUCUUCAACUUGAUGCAAAUGUGCUUGGAUUCAUGAAUGAAUUCAUGAAAUAUGUUGGUUAAUUAGUUGUAUGACUUUGUGUGUCUUCAUGAUUUUUGAAGCUAAACUUGAAAAAUGUGACCAAUUUUUUUUUCUUAAUUCCAAUGUUUUAUCAAUUAGGAAUGGGCAGUUAAUCAGAUGUACCAUAUCCUUCUUGUAGAAUUUGAUGUUUGUGGAAAAGUAAGAAAAACAAUAAAAAUCUAAAAAGAAUACUGA